AUGGGGAAGAGAUGGUGGACGAUAGGAUUGGUGGUGGGGAUAAUUGGGAUAGGAAGGGAAUUGACAAAGCUGUACGGAUGGGACAAGGACGCUCUGCUGAAGGUGUUUGGUGAAUUGUCUGAUCGGCUGGGAGUAUGGGCCAUCCCGUUGUACGUGGCGAUCCAUACCCUCACUCUCGCUCUCUGCUUGCCCUACGCCAUUUUCUUCGAGGCCGCCGCUUCUCUUCUCUUCGGCUUCUUCCCGGCUGUCCUCUGCGUCUUUGCCGCCAAGCUGCUCGGUGCUUCCCUCUCCUUUUGGAUUGGCAGGUUAAUAUUCAAGAGCUCAAGUUCAGCAAUGGAGUGGGUCCAGAGGAAUAGGUACUUCGCUGUCCUCUCCAGAGGAGUUGAGCGAGAUGGUUGGAGAUUUGUUCUACUUGCCCGCUUCUCGCCAAUGCCCUCCUAUAUCAUAAAUUAUGCCCUUGCUGCAACAAGAGUUCGGUUUGUUGUCGAUUUUCUGCUUCCAACAGUUAUUGGCUGCAUGCCUAUGAUUUUACAGAACACAUCGAUUGGCAGUUUGGCUGGUGCUGCUGUUUCUUCAGCAUCUGGCUCUCGGAAAUCUCAAAUUUGGUCAUAUCUUUUUCCUGUCUUUCUUAGAGCAAGUCCACCGCCAGGGCUAGCCCAGACAGGAGGGGGCCCUAGGCCUAGAAGGAGACUCCAGCGCGUAAGAUCCAACCCGAGCAAGGCACGGGACCCACGAGCCCGAGCAAGCCUACGAGGAGAUCUUACCAGUCUUCUUGCUUUCGGGUUGCUGGCGUCAGUGCAAGAAUUUCAAAAAAUAAAAUAA